AGGGACCGGCGGGGGGAGACCCGAGCGGGGCCCAGCGGAGCCGGCUGAGGUGCCAUGUUUCAGAAGGUAAAAGGACCCCUGGAAAAGAGCUGAAGAAACGGCACAGAAAACCAGUUAAACGCUACCUUGAAACAAAAAAGAAUUAGCCUGUCUCUGAGGUGACUAAAGGGGAAUAAUGGUGAUUUUGCGCCGGGCUCGGCCGCCUGCUUCCGCCCCAACCAGCAAUGAAUCUUGACUCGCUCUCGCUGGCCUUGUCUCAAAUCAGCUACCUGGUGGACAAUUUAACCAAGAAAAACUACCGAGCCAGCCAGCAGGAAAUACAGCAUAUUGUGAAUCGGCACGGCCCCGAAGCAGACAGGCAUUUAUUACGCUGCCUAUUUUCGCACGUGGAUUUCAGUGGCGAUGGUAAAAGCAGUGGCAAAGAUUUUCAUCAGACUCAGUUUCUGAUUCAGGAGUGUGCGUCGUUGAUUACGAAGCCAAACUUUAUCUCGACGCUGUCCUAUGCCAUUGAUAAUCCAUUGCAUUAUCAGAAGAGUCUAAAGCCGUCACCCCACUUAUUUGCCCAAUUGAGUAAAGUUCUCAAGUUAAGCAAAGUGCAGGAGGUAAUUUUUGGUCUUGCGCUCUUGAAUUCAUCUAGCUCAGAUCUACGAGGUUUUGCUGCCCAGUUUAUCAAACAAAAGCUUCCAGAUCUUCUGCGCUCUUACAUUGACGCAGACGUCAGCGGAAAUCAAGAAGGUGGCUUCCAAGAUAUUGCAAUAGAGGUCUUGCACCUCCUCCUCUCCCAUCUCCUCUUUGGGCAGAAGGGAGCCUUUGGGGUUGGACAGGAACAGAUCGACGCAUUCCUCAAGACGUUGCGUAGAGAUUUUCCCCAGGAACGCUGUCCCGUGGUGCUUGCACCACUUUUAUACCCUGAAAAACGGGACAUUCUAAUGGACAGGAUCCUGCCUGACUCUGGAGGGAUAGCUAAAACCAUGAUGGAGAGCUCUCUUGCAGACUUCAUGCAAGAAGUUGGCUAUGGCUUUUGUGCAAGUAUUGAAGAAUGUCGCAGUAUAAUCAGGCAGUUUGGUGUUCGGGAGGUUACAGCAGCCCAGGUUGCCAGGGUUUUGGGAAUGAUGGCCCGAACUCAUUCAGGGUUGACGGAUGGAAUUCCAUUACAGUCCAUUUCAGCCCCUGGCAGUGGGAUAUGGAGCGAUGGAAAAGAUAAAAGUGAUGGUGCACAGGCCCAUACCUGGAAUGUGGAAGUCUUAAUUGAUGUCUUGAAGGAGCUGAACCCUAGUUUGAACUUCAAGGAAGUAACUUAUGAACUGGACCACCCUGGAUUUCAAAUUCGUGACAGUAAGGGGCUGCAGAAUGUGGUGUUUGGCAUUCAGAGAGGCCUUGGCAUGGAAGUCUUCCCAGUAGAUCUCAUUUAUAGGCCGUGGAAACACGCUGAGGGCCAGCUCUCCUUCAUUCAGCAUUCCCUCAUAAAUCCAGAGAUCUUCUGUUUUGCUGAUUAUCCCUGUCAUACCGUGGCAACUGAUAUCCUGAAAGCACCACCAGAAGAUGACAAUCGAGAAAUAGCCACAUGGAAGAGCCUGGACUUGAUUGAAUCCCUCUUGCGACUGGCUGAGGUGGGCCAGUAUGAGCAGGUCAAACAACUCUUCAACUUCCCUAUCAAACACUGCCCAGAUAUGUUGGUAUUAGCCUUACUGCAAAUCAACACCUCCUGGCAUACCUUGCGACACGAACUCAUCUCCACACUGAUGCCAAUUUUCCUUGGAAACCACCCUAAUUCUGCCAUUAUUUUGCACUAUGCAUGGCAUGGCCAGGGCCAGUCUCCCUCAAUUCGCCAACUUAUCAUGCAUGCAAUGGCAGAAUGGUACAUGAGAGGGGAGCAGUACGACCAGGCAAAACUGUCUCGGAUUCUUGAUGUGGCCCAAGACCUGAAGGCCUUGUCAAUGCUGCUAAAUGGUACUCCAUUUGCCUUUGUUAUUGACCUUGCUGCACUUGCCUCUCGUCGGGAAUACCUCAAACUUGACAAAUGGCUCACAGAUAAAAUUCGGGAGCAUGGGGAGCCCUUCAUCCAGGCGUGUAUGACUUUCUUAAAGAGACGGUGCCCUUCUAUCUUGGGUGGCCUUGCCCCAGAGAAGGAUCAGCCCAAAAGCGCCCAACUUCCUCCAGAAACACUGGCGACCAUGUUGGCCUGUCUUCAAGCGUGUGCCGGGAGUGUUUCUCAAGAGCUUUCGGAGACCAUCCUCACUAUGGUGGCCAACUGCAGCAAUGUCAUGAACAAGGCCAGGCAGCCCCCCCCUGGAGUCAUGCCAAAGGGACGCCCCCCCAGUGCAAGCAGCCUAGACGCCAUUUCUCCUGUACAGAUUGACUCUCUUGGUGGGAUGGCAUCUCUUAGUAUAGGUGGUUCAGCUGCCCCCCACACCCAAAGUAUGCAGGGUUUUCCUCCAAAUUUGGGUUCUGCCUUCAGUACCCCUCAGUCACCAGCAAAAGCAUUUCCACCCCUUUCUACCCCAAAUCAGACCACAGCUUUCAGCGGUAUCGGAGGGCUGUCUUCACAACUUCCAGUAGGUGGCCUUGGUACAGGCAGCCUGACUGGUAUAGGAACUGCAGCUCUUGGGCUCCCUGCAGUGAAUAAUGAUCCGUUUGUGCAGAGGAAACUGGGCACAUCUGGACUGAACCAGCCUACAUUCCAGCAGAGUAAGAUGAAACCUUCGGACUUGUCUCAGGUGUGGCCAGAAGCAAAUCAGCACUUUAGCAAAGAGAUAGAUGAUGAAGCAAACAGCUAUUUUCAGCGUAUUUAUAACCAUCCACCACACCCAACCAUGUCUGUUGAUGAGGUUUUAGAAAUGCUACAGAGGUUUAAAGACUCCAACAUAAAACGGGAACGAGAAGUGUUUAACUGCAUGCUGAGGAACUUGUUUGAAGAGUAUCGGUUUUUCCCCCAGUACCCAGAUAAAGAGCUGCAUAUAACAGCCUGCCUCUUUGGUGGGAUAAUAGAAAAAGGACUGGUUACUUACAUGGCUCUUGGUCUGGCCCUGCGCUAUGUUCUUGAAGCGUUACGCAAGCCGUUUGCAUCCAAAAUGUAUUAUUUUGGAAUUGCUGCACUAGAUAGAUUUAAAAAUAGAUUGAAGGACUAUCCCCAGUAUUGUCAGCACUUGGCUUCUAUUAGUCACUUUAUACAGUUUCCUCAUCAUCUACAGGAGUACAUUGAAUAUGGCCAGCAGUCUCGAGACCCUCCUGUGAAAAUGCAGGGUUCCAUCACCACCCCUGGAAGUAUUGCACUUGCCCAGGCUCAGGCCCAGGCCCAGGUCCCAGCAAAACCUCCUCUUGCUGGUCAGGUCAGCACUAUCGUAACCACCUCCACCACCACCACGGCGAAAACCAUCACGAUCACCCGGCCAACAGGAGUCAGCUUCAAAAAGGAUGUGCCACCUUCUAUUAAUACUACCAACAUAGAUACACUGCUAGUGGCGACUGAUCAGACUGAGAGAAUUGUGGAACCACCAGAAAAUGUGCAAGAGAAAAUUGCCUUCAUCUUCAACAAUCUCUCUCAAUCAAACAUGACACAGAAGGUUGAGGAGCUGAAAGAAACGGUAAAAGAGGAAUUUAUGCCUUGGGUUUCACAAUACUUGGUAAUGAAGAGAGUCAGUAUUGAGCCAAACUUCCACAGCUUGUAUUCAAAUUUCCUCGAUACUCUUAAGAAUCCUGAAUUUAACAAGAUGGUUCUGAAUGAAACCUACAGAAACAUCAAAGUGCUACUGACAUCAGAUAAAGCUGCAGCCAAUUUCUCAGACCGUUCCCUACUGAAGAACCUGGGCCACUGGCUGGGAAUGAUUACACUAGCUAAAAAUAAACCCAUCUUGCACACUGACUUGGAUGUAAAAUCUUUGCUGCUCGAAGCUUACGUUAAAGGACAACAAGAAUUGCUUUAUGUGGUGCCCUUUGUUGCCAAAGUACUGGAAUCCAGUGUUCGAAGUGUGGUUUUCAGGCCUCCAAACCCCUGGACUAUGGCCAUUAUGAACGUUUUAGCUGAGUUACAUCAAGAACAUGACCUGAAGCUAAACUUGAAAUUUGAAAUUGAGGUGCUGUGCAAGAACCUUGCAUUAGACAUCAGUGAGCUAAAACCCGGGAGUCUUCUGAAGGAUAAAGAUCGAUUAAAAAACUUAGAAGAACAGCUGUCUGCUCCAAAGAAAGACGUAAAACAACCAGAAGAACUUCCAGCCAUCACAACAACUACUGCCUCGACAACACCAGCUACUAGUACUACCUGUACCGCUACAGUUCCUCCACAACCACAGUACAGUUACCAUGACAUCAAUGUGUACUCACUUGGAGGGUUGGCCCCACACAUUACUCUAAAUCCCACGAUUCCAUUGUUCCAGGCCCAUCCACAGUUAAAGCAGUGUGUACGCCAAGCAAUCGAACGUGCUGUACAAGAGCUUGUCCACCCCGUGGUGGAUAGGUCCAUUAAGAUCGCCAUGACUACUUGUGAGCAAAUAGUCAGGAAGGAUUUUGCACUGGAUUCAGAGGAGUCACGCAUGCGAAUAGCAGCGCAUCACAUGAUGAGGAAUCUGACAGCCGGAAUGGCUAUGAUAACUUGCAGGGAACCUUUGCUGAUGAGUAUAGCUACCAACCUGAAAAACAGCUUCGCCACUGCGCUGCGGGCUGCAUCUCCUCAGCAAAGGGAAAUGAUGGAGCAGGCAGCUGCGCAGUUAGCUCAGGACAAUUGUGAAUUAGCCUGCUGCUUCAUUCAGAAGACUGCCGUGGAAAAAGCAGGCCCUGAAAUGGACAAGAGGCUAGCAACUGAGUUUGAGCUGCGCAAGCAUGCUAGGCAGGAGGGCCGAAGGUACUGUGAUCCCGUUGUAUUAACCUACCAGGCCGAGCGGAUGCCAGAACAGAUCAGGCUGAAGGUGGGAGGUGUGGACCCAAAACAGCUGGCUGUUUAUGAGGAGUUUGCUCGCAAUGUCCCUGGCUUCUUGCCUACUAAUGAUUUAACUCAGCCCACGGGAUUCUUAGCGCAGCCUAUGAAACAAGCUUGGGCCACAGACGAUGUAGCCCAGAUUUAUGACAAGUGUAUUACAGAACUGGAACAGCACCUGCAUGCCAUUCCACCUGCAUUGGCCAUGAACCCUCAAGCUCAGGCUCUUCGCAGCCUUUUGGAAGCUGUGGUGCUGUCUCGCAACUCUCGUGAUGCCAUAGCGGCACUUGGGUUGCUUCAGAAGGCAGUAGAGGGUUUACUGGAUGCCACAAGCGGCGCGGAUGCCGACCUGUUGCUGCGUUACCGAGAGUGUCAUCUACUCGUCCUGAAAGCGCUGCAGGAUGGUCGGGCCUAUGGUUCGCCAUGGUGUAAUAAACAGAUCACGAGGUGCCUGAUUGAGUGUCGAGACGAAUAUAAGUAUAACGUUGAAGCAGUGGAACUGCUGAUUCGGAACCAUCUAGUUAACAUGCAGCAGUAUGACCUGCACCUGGCUCAGUCAAUGGAGAAUGGUUUGAACUACAUGGCAGUGGCAUUUGCUAUGCAGUUGGUGAAGAUCCUGUUGGUGGAUGAAAGGACUGUAGCCCAUGUAACAGAGGCAGAUUUAUUUCACACCAUUGAAACUCUGAUGAGGAUUAAUGCUCACUCCAGAGGAAAUGCCCCCGAAGGAUUACCCCAGCUGAUGGAAGUUGUGCGGGCCAACUACGAAGCCAUGAUCGAUCGUGCUCAUGGAGGUCCUAACUUCAUGAUGCAUUCUGGAAUCUCUCAAGCCUCCGAGUAUGAUGACCCUCCAGGCCUAAGGGAGAAGGCAGAGUAUCUCCUGAGGGAGUGGGUGAAUCUCUACCAUUCAGCCGCAGCUGGUCGUGACAGUACCAAAGCUUUCUCUGCGUUUGUUGGACAGGUAGAGCUUUUGGAAAGAAAGAUGCACCAGCAAGGAAUCUUGAAGACCGACGACCUCAUAACGAGAUUCUUUCGCCUGUGCACAGAAAUGUGUGUUGAGAUCAGCUAUCGAGCUCAGGCCGAGCAGCAACACAAUCCUGCGGCUAACCCUACCAUGAUCCGAGCCAAAUGCUAUCAUAACCUGGAUGCUUUUGUGCGACUCAUUGCCCUUCUGGUCAAACACUCGGGGGAGGCCACCAAUACGGUCACCAAGAUAAACCUGCUAAAUAAGGUUCUCGGGAUCGUGGUGGGCGUCCUCCUGCAGGAUCACGAUGUUCGGCAAAACGAUUUUCAGCAGCUUCCGUACCACCGUAUUUUCAUCAUGCUGCUUUUGGAACUCAAUGCCCCCGAGCAUGUCUUGGAGACGAUUAAUUUUCAGACGCUCACAGCUUUCUGCAAUACAUUCCACAUCUUGAGGCCUACCAAAGCGCCGGGCUUUGUGUAUGCCUGGCUUGAGCUGAUCUCCCACCGGAUAUUUAUCGCACGAAUGCUGGCGCAUACACCGCAGCAGAAGGGCUGGCCCAUGUAUGCCCAACUACUGAUUGAUUUGUUCAAGUAUUUGGCUCCCUUCCUUAGAAAUGUGGAACUUACCAAACCUAUGCAAAUCCUGUACAAGGGUACUUUACGAGUGCUCCUGGUGUUAUUGCAUGACUUUCCAGAAUUCCUUUGUGAUUACCAUUAUGGGUUCUGUGACGUCAUCCCGCCCAAUUGCAUCCAGCUAAGAAAUUUGAUCCUGAGUGCCUUUCCACGCAACAUGAGGCUCCCAGACCCGUUCACUCCCAACUUAAAGGUGGAUAUGUUAAGUGAAAUUAACAUUGCUCCCAGAAUCCUCACCAAUUUCACAGGAGUGAUGCCACCUCAGUUCAAAAAAGAUUUGGAUUCCUACCUUAAAACUCGCUCACCGGUCACGUUCCUUUCGGACUUGCGCAGCAACCUACAGGUAUCGAAUGAACCCGGGAAUCGUUACAACAUCCAACUGAUCAACGCCCUGGUGCUGUACGUGGGCACGCAAGCCAUCGCCCACAUCCACAACAAAGGUAGCACGCCCUCCAUGAGCACCAUCACCCAUUCGGCGCACAUGGACAUCUUCCAGAACCUGGCCGUGGACCUGGACACCGAAGGUCGGUACCUGUUCUUGAAUGCCAUCGCUAACCAGCUGCGAUAUCCGAACAGCCACACUCACUACUUCAGUUGUACCAUGCUGUACCUUUUCGCAGAGGCCAACACUGAAGCUAUCCAGGAACAGAUCACCAGGGUUCUCUUGGAACGGUUGAUUGUAAAUAGGCCACAUCCUUGGGGUCUCCUCAUUACCUUCAUCGAGCUGAUUAAAAACCCAGCGUUUAAGUUCUGGAACCACGAGUUCGUUCACUGUGCCCCAGAAAUCGAAAAGUUGUUCCAGUCGGUUGCACAAUGCUGCAUGGGGCAGAAGCAGGCUCAGCAAGUGAUGGAAGGGACCGGUGCCAGUUAGAAACGGAGCGCGCCUCGCAGGUCCCCGUUCCGCCGAGUUCCCCCCAACCGGAGAAUCCUUCCGACUUCUUCCCGGCCUUCCCUUGGAUUUUGGGUACACACCACCCCCCUCGGGAGGGGGGAAGGGGGCGAGUCUCCCGUGGGCACGUUCCAAAGUUUAAACACAUUUUCUGACUCUUGGCCAAAAUUUAGAAGAUGCUGUGAAUAUCGUUUUGAACUAGUGUAAAUACAUGAAAACCGAAAACCUUUUGUCUGGACUUUCUGGGUUUGUGCAAAUUGUGUUUAAAGGCAGGGGGGGUAAACUGGCACCUGUCGAGCUUGUAAUAAAGGGGCAGCUGCUGAUGCCAAGCA